UUUAUUUUCCUUCUGCUUGCGUACCGUGCAAGAUGUGUCGUCGAUUCAAAGCGAGUCUGUUAAAAGUGUAGCAAAAAAACAGCAACAAAAAGAUUGUCCCAUAGCCCACAGCCAGUUGAGGGUGUUUGAAUAACACUUUUCCAUGGAGCUUCAAUGUUGUUAAAAGUUUACUUCGGAGCAAAAAUAAAUACAGUGAAGAGAGCGGAAAAUACAGGCCAAUAUCUUUGUGUCAUCGCUGCUGGUCGUCUAUGCCGAGUGAAUAUCUAUUUGCAACCCGUGCGAUAGAUCUCUCUAUCCGCUAGAAUAACGCGCAAUAGAAGUGAAAUCACCUCGUGAAGUUACACAACUGCGGUACUGUCGUAGUGUCCGGAAAAAAAAUUAAAACUAUAAUAUUACUUUCAAAUCAGUUAUCAGUGACCAAUUUUGCAACGGAAUAGGUGCAUCAUUUUUGAAUGACCUUCGAUAGAACCAAUUGGUGACCAACGUUAAAGUGAAACAAAAGCAAAAAUGCCAACCUUACUAGAAGCACUGGAAAACAAGUACGGGUUUGGGGAUCAUCGAGAAAAAAUAGACGAAACGCUUGUUUCGAUAUUUGUACCGAAGUUGCCACCAAGGCUAAGCGUCCUGGAAUUGCUGAUUCUAAAUGACUGCAACAUUGACAAGGCGGGCAAGCCGGAAGAUUUGCGCCAGAAAUGUUGCACCGUCAAGGAGUUGGAUCUGGCCCAGAAUAAACUGGAAGACUGGGAUGAGGUUUUCGGAAUAUUGUCACACAUGCCGCGAGUUGAGUUUGUCAACUUGAGUCUCAACCGGUUGGGUGGUCCAAUCGAAAUUCCUCAACCGUGGAAGAUGGAUCGACUGCGCAGCUUGGUUCUCAACAAUACCAAACUCGAAUGGUACGGAGUUGAAACGUUGUUGCAGUUACUGCCCGUGCUUGAGGAGCUGCACCUCAGUCUCAACGAUUAUACGCACGUGCUCCUGGAUACCACAGAAGAAGAUGCCAACGGGUGUCAAACUGCCGAGGAACCUGCCUCAGGAGAAAGCGAAUCCUGCCAAUGUUCAAGCUUUUCAACUCAGUCUAGUCAAGACAAGAAACAUGCCGUUUGUAAGAAAACUGAAGCCCACCAUGGUAUUAAAAAACUUCAUCUGACUGGAAAUCACAUCAGCGAGUGGAGUGAAAUAUGCCGCGUUGGACGCUUGUUUCCCAACUUAGAAGCGCUGGUGCUGGCGGAUUGUCCCCUACGAUCACUCACUUCUGCCCAAAAUGAAACAAACGAGUCAAAUUCGGCUGCCACUCCAAACAGUCAUGAACACUUCAAGACCUUAACGUUGCUCAAUUUGAGCAAUGCUAAAAUCAACAACUGGGACGACAUUGAUCGGCUAGCUAAAUUUCCAGCGUUGAAGAACCUGAGAGUACAGUGCUGGCCAUUGUGGGACAAGUGUGACUCAACGGAGCACGAGCGGCGGCAGCUACUGAUUGCUCGUUUACCUAAAAUCAACAUCCUGAACGGAGGAGACGUAAUAGGACCUGUCGAGCGUGAAGACGCCGAGCGAUCUUUUAUUCGUUACUAUCUCGAUAAACCCGAAAGUGAUCGCCCGGAAAGAUACUUUGAACUGGUAGCUGUUCAUGGAAAGUUAGAUCCACUGGUCAACAUUGACUUGCGACCGGAGAGACGAGUUAAAAUUACUUUCACGUACGGCGAAACAAGUGAAGAGCGGACUGUGGAUGUCUACAGAACUGUAGUCGACUUGAAGUCUCGACUGGAGCGAAUUGUAGGUAUUCCGGCUGCCAAGAUGCGUCUGUUCUACGUCGAUCAAGAUUUGCGUGACCUCCAAGGACUUGAGGAAAUGAGAUAUCCCCACAAAAGAUUGUACAGCUACAACAUCCGGUCUGGAGAUGAAAUCAUCGUCGAUCAGAAACAUUAGAGCUUCCGUUGAGAAUCAAGUGUGAAGAAUGAUGAACCCCCCCGAACAAUAUCGUACUGUACUUCCGUGGCUGUUGAAGGAAUUGCAAUCAUCAAAACGUAACGUUAAUCUGCAGCUAAUUGCGAUUUCCUAACAAUUUACAAUGCGCUUUGAAUAGAUAUAACUUAUUGAAUAAUCAACAACAUAAUUUGUUUAUGUGAAUCCCCCUGUACUGCUGUGCACUGCACAAGCUCUUUUAUCAAUAUCAAUUUCUUACUACUAUAAUGAAUCGAGAAGACUUAUCAACAGACAAUUUUUGUCCUGUCUUAGAACUCAACGAUUAUAUAUGUGAAGGUAAUGCGAUGAAAUCUAUGCCAGAUUUAUUUACACAAAAGCAGUUAUGCAAUUUGAACGGAACCCGUUCUGCGUUCGUUCUCUUUCUUCAAAAUGAACUGAACCCACAGCGCAGGAGCUAUUGCUUUUCGUUCCAAAAACUGAACUUCACUUUUUCGUGCCGUUCUCUUCAAAGUAUGGAACGCGUUCUGUGAACCGCCUGUAGCAAGAGGCUCUCUAUGGCAACUGUUAAACUUAAAUAAACAUUCAGUUGAAUGAUUUAGACAGACCUUAGUUAGCUCGGUAGUAACAUGCAAGUACAGUAUGGUCCAUAAAAAAUGCGACAUGUGCAUUUUUUCACCGAAAAAUUGUUCCAUUCUAAAAUGUAUUUAACAAACUGAUUUUGUUAUGUUUCAUGGUGUUAGUUUGUUAUGUUUGAAGAUAUUUUCAUGACAGUUUUUUGCAGUUCGCCAAAAUUGGGUAUUGGUGGGCUACAAUAAUGGAUGUAUUUUUGGUACAAAAUUUACCUAAAUUUCAUACCUUAUAUCUUCAAAACAAAACAUGUUAAAAUAUCCAACCCUGUGUCCAAAGCAUCGUUGGAAGUCCCUCUUAAAUACGCCCAAUCGAGAAAGUUCAUAAAUUUUUAUAGAAUCAGUCGUUUUAGAGGAAAAUGCCAUUUGGGUUAUCAUCUUGAGUGAUUCGGUCUAAAUAAAUGAAUAACUUAAAACCUUUGACGAAUGGCUUUAAAGAGUGCCCAACGGCUCUAUACUGUUAAAAGUCAUAUUAGGGCAUCUGUUAGAGUCAAUUACCAUCAUUUGUUGAAUUAUUUUUUCCCCUUGAAUCAUUGCAGGCUCCAAAAACUCCUAAAAAUUGAAGCAUUCUCAGAAUCGGGAUAUUUUUGAAAAGAUCACUGUUUUAGUAUAACUGGUAAAUAGAAUGUGUAAAAUUCGAUAAAACUAAUUGUGACACGUCUCAAAAACAGUAACCUUGGAGGCUGUUUACUUUUUGAUUCAUACAAAAAUUCAGAGGUGGCUCUUCAGAACGACCAAAAUAGAAAAGUCAUUUUUCCUUUAUAUGGCCUGGGCUGGGAACAAAUUGGAGAAUUUUAAGUUUAAAUGUGUUGUGACAGUUUUUAAAGCUAAAGAAAAGGUUUUCAAUGCAUUAUUCGUUUGUUUGGAUCCCAUUUAACAUGUACACAUGCUACAUACAUCGUAAAUAGUCAAAACAGGGCCGAUUUUCACCAAAUAACAAUGUCGCAUUUUUUUAUGGGCCAUACUGUACAGUAUUCAAAGGAAGUGAGUUCGAGUGAGCUUUUGAAAUAUUUUUUUUUGUGUGAUUGGGUACCAACUUUUUGACGACGAUUGAAAUUACAUUUUUUAUACAAAUCAAGGGAAACUCCAGCUGGGAGGCUAAGGAGACUAAAUGAAACGGUUCAAAAGCAUAAAGCACGUGUGCCCCUGGAAGAGGUCGUUUAAAGGGGAAACCCCCCUAUCACCUCGGACGAACCCUGGACGACGCUGAGAAAUACAACCCAUGACUACAACAAGCAAGAUGACACGUGCCUGAGGACUAAUCCGUCUAGUGAAAUCCUUGUUUUGAAAUUUUAGUUUUCAAUGUAGUUUUUCAUUUUGGUUAUCAAAUUUUAUGUAAAGAACCAAUGUUACAUCGAAAGCUGUAAUUUUAAAAGGUGGAAACCUUACACUGCUAAAAAUAAUAAACAAACAAACUGUAAUGGAAGCGAAAUCUUAUUGCCACCGUGAUUUAAAAAAAAUCUAUACUUUUCAAGUUCAGGAAAAAAGAGAUUCACUACCUCUGAUUACAAAACCUAAUUGAUACCACUAAGCUAGCAGUACUGAAAUGUAAACGGAUGAUUUAAAGUCAAUGAAGUUUAGCUAGUCUACUGAGGUCUUACCAAAGUAAAAUAUUGAAGUUCUAAACUGGGUGUUCGGUUCAUUCCAUAAAGGCCUACUGAACGAACGUUUGUUAGAGACGAGCGUGUUGCUUUGUGAACUUGAACGAACGGAGAAUCCGUUCAAAAGCAUGACUGCACAAAAGGCGUUAGUUUCCUUGAUUUCAUCGUUUAGUUUUAUUUAUACAGCAAAUUUGAAAUUAUCUAAGCGAAAUGCUUGAGCAAUCCACGCAAUCAGGUGCUUCUCGUUUGUCAAAUCGAUUUGAAAUAAAAUCCUUUAUGUCCUGUAAUGUUUGGUUGUUUGAUGUACUCUUUUUAUAUUUAGGUCAUAACAAAUUACGUAAAAUAAAUCCGUAAUAAUAUUUUUUCGCUAAUUACUGUUUUGGUAGUUUUCUUUAAAUAUCUUAGUUGCUGGCUGGUAUCGUACAACGGUCGUGAUAAUCUAUUGUUAGAAAUAAGCCAUCAAAAUGGAUGCAAGAAACGAAUGCAAGGAUAAAAUUGUAAUAAAUAUAAACAUAAUAAACUAAUAUACAGUA